UAUACUUAUAGUUUGAGUGAAAGGCGAACAACCAGUGGACAAUUUGUUGAAUUCUUCUGCUUCACUAGCGAAGUGAUUACAUGUGAAGCACUUGCGAUCAAUUAAACUAACCGGUUACAAAGAUGGCUUGGAGAUUCAAGGCAUCGAAGUACAAGAAUGCAACGCCGAUAGUACCAAAACCAGAGGCAUGCAUUCGAGACAUUUGCGUUGGCUCUUAUCAGACCUAUGGGAACAAUAUCGCAGCAUCCGCUGCAUUUAUGGCAUUCAAUGUUGAUCACAAUGGAUCUAGUCUGGCUGUUCUGCCACUGGAGGAUUGUGGCAGAAAGAGCAAAACAAUGCCAUUACUUCAUGCACAUGCUGAUACGGUGACUGAUAUGGAUUUUUCACCGUUUCACGAUGGAUUGUUGGCCACUGGCUCUCAAGAUUGUCUCGUGAAACUGUGGCACAUCCCGGAGGCAGGACUCGAGGAGUCACUUUGCAAUCCUGAGGGAACUUUUUCACACAGACAGAGGAGAGUCGAGGUUGUACGCUGGCAUCCAACUGCUGAACAUCUUCUUACUACUGUUUCUUAUACGAACUUGUCACUGUGGGAUGUCCUGUCGCAGCAGGAACUCUUCUCAUUCAAUGAGCAUUCAGAGGUGAUUCAAUCCGUCAGCUGGAAGUACGAUGGCUCCCUCCUGGCGACAUCCUGCAAGGACAAACAGGUUCGCAUAAUUGAUCCAAGAGGCUCAAAAUCAGUGGUGAACACCUGCUCGAGUCACCAAAGCAUCAAAGAUUCGCGCAUCGUCUGGCUGGGAAAUUCAGACAGAAUUCUCACAACUGGCUUCGAUGCGGCUCGAUUACGACAGGUCUACAUUCGAGACCUGAGAAAUUUAUCUGACCCAGUUAAAACUCUGGAGCUCGACUGCAGCACUGGUAUUCUCAUGCCACUGUUCGAUCCAGAUACUAAUAUGCUGUUUCUCGCUGGUAAAGGGGACACCACAAUUUUCUAUAUGGAAGUCACUGAUAAGGAUCCAUUUUUGGUCGAGGGAAUUCGUCACAGUGGGGAACAGACCAAGGGUGUCUCCCUCGUGCCAAAACGAGCCCUCAAUGUCAUGCAGGCUGAGGUCAACAGGGUCCUGCAAUUGACCUCCAACAUGGUCAUCCCUAUUAUGUACCAGGUCCCCAGAAAAACGUACAGAGAUUUUCAUGGUGACAUUUACCCAGACACUGCAGGCUGCAUUGCUCAAAAUACUGCCGAAGAGUGGAUCAAGGGUCACAAUGCCCCAGUUCCAAAAAUAUCCUUAGAUCCUGCCAAACGUGGGAAAGGAGAGGAGCCUGUAACAAUACACAGAGGAAACUUGGCGAAACUGAAAGAAAAUCAGCAGGAGAUAAAAGCUGAGCAGGCGAAGGCAGCGAAGAGUCUGCAUUCCACGCCGAAGGGUUUUGCUCAGCCCAAGGUGCAGUCCAUCGAGGAUAAAAAGCGAAUUGAUCCCGAGAUGAUCGAGAAAAUCGAUAAACCGGAUAAACCAGACAGGAAUGACGAGACAGUGAGGCUAGGUGAUGACGAUGACAAGCAGAAGGUGCAGAAUGGUCAGACACCGCCGAAACCGUUGCCCAGGUCAUCCAGAGCCAACAGCAUCUCUGAGGAGGAGCCGAAGCCUGUGGCCAGACCAAGAACAUCACCAAGCUCAGGAACAGUCGUCACUUCUGUCAAUCCCAAUAUGGUUGGGGGAUAUAAGCCUCGCCUGGGACCAAAGCCCUUCCAAGCGAAAUCGGGGAGUCAAGAGUUCUCCUUCGAUAAAGUUUUUUCAGUGCCAGUGGCUCCUAAUACUGAGAGCAAUGGCUACAGUCAGGAGCCUCACCUGGAUAACACACCUCCAGAGUCAGACAAGUCUCCCACCUACGAGAACGAUCGAAUGAAGGAAUCAGAGAAUGGAAAAAGUGACUCCUCGUCGAUGGAGGAGGAUGCCAACUCGAGUGACUCUGGGUACAAGCCAAAGACUCCGAGUACAGCAGAGCGUCGCAAGUUAUUCGAGACGAAAUUGAAGGAUGAAUCACCAGAGGGUGAUGAGCCGGGGAAUUUGGAACGCGGUGGUCACAACAGGAGCUCAAUAGCGGAACGCAGAAGACUGUACGAGAGCAGAUCGGUAUCAGUGACUGAUGGAAAUCUCGCGGAGAAGGCAAUGGGUUCACCCACAGCUCUUCGUCGUCGGGACUCAUUUAAAUCCAAGUCCGAGGUUAUCAAGGAGGACGAGAAGAAGAUUCCCAUGUUGAGACAGCAGAGCAUGGAUCCACGUCUCGAGAAACCCGAGCCCAUAACAACACCUACCCCAAAACGCACGUCAACUGUCUUCGGUAGAGUAUCCAAGUUUCGACACCUCAAGGGAACACCGGGUCACAAAUCCACGCACAUCGAGAACAUCAGGAAUAUCAGUAGACAGAUAUCAGGAGAGUGCGAUGGCUUUCACGCGAAUCCAGAGAGAGUUGCUGUACCACUGAGUGGUCCAGGUGGUAAAAUUGCUGUUCUUGAGUUGAAGAAAACAGGAAGACUUCCUGAUGGAGUGAUGCCAGCUCUGGUCCAUGGGGCAACUAUCAUGGAUUUUGCCUGGGAUCCAUUCGACAAUCAGAGGCUAGCUGUGGCGUGUGACGAUGGUAUCAUCAGGCUUUGGGAAAUUCCAGGUGGUGGACUCGUCGAACCAACAAAUGAACCAAAAUUCACAGUUGAGGCGCACACAGAUAAGAUUUAUCUCAUUAAAUUCCAUCCUCUGGCUGCUGAUGUGCUUGCAUCAGCCUCUUAUGACACAACAGUCAAGAUCUGGGAUCUCUCGACUGUGGAGUGUGGGGCUGUUGCCAGGAUUACUCUAGGAGGGCACACUGAUCAGAUAUUUAGCCUGGCCUGGUCACCCUGUGGACAGUAUCUGGCGACUGCCUGCAAGGAUGGCAAGCUCAGGGUUUACAAACCCAGGUCCUGUGAUGGGGCUGUCAAUGAGGGGAAGGGACCUGUUGGCACGAGGGGGGCCAGGGUCGUUUGGGCCCUCGAUGGAAGGUUUCUAUUGGCCAUUGGAUUUGAUAAAGUCUCUGAACGACAGAUUAUGAUGUUCAAAGCUGAUAAACUCGCAUCACCGCUCAAUACUGUUGGCCUUGAUGUAUCACCCGCAAUUCUCAUGCCAUUUUAUGAUGAGGACAGCUCCACUCUUCUCCUCACUGGGCGUGGGGAUUCGACUAUUUAUGCGUUUGAGGUGACUGAGGAGGCACCUUAUAUCUGCCCACUCAGUCAUCAUCGGUGUGCUAGCCUUCAUCAGGGCCUCUCAUUUCUGGCGAAGAACAAGUGUGAUGUUGCCAGUGUUGAAUUUGCCAGUGCUCUCAGGCUCACUAACAACACGAUAGAGCCUCUGAGCUUCACUGUACCAAGGAUCAAGAGUGAACUCUUUCAGGACGAUCUUUUUCCACCAACGAGGGUCACCUGGAAGUCCAGUAUGAGUGCUGGUGAGUGGUUCGCUGGUGCUAACAAGCAGGCCAUCAGGAUCAGUCUCAAACCACCUGGGAUGGACUGUCUUUCUGAUAAUCAAGGAUCUGGCAUCGUCACUGCUCCAGUCUCCGCGAAACAGUCGGGACAAUUCGCUGUGUCUCAGCAGCCCUCUGGCAGGAUGAAUUCCAAUGAGUGGUACAAGGCUAAACAUGACGAGAUCCAAAAGAACAUGAGCAACAGUCUCGGCGAGAUGAUCCAGUGCUCCCUGGAGCAGGACCACAUGGAGGGGGUUGAGGAACACGAAUGGGACGAUUAAACAACACACAUGGAUGACCAGCUGCUUGGAGCGGAACGCCAGUGCCACCACAAAAAAAUCCAAAAAGAGGGAUAACAGUUUAAAAAGCGUCGAAGUACCUCCGAAAAUGAUUCAUGGGGCGUCUCGCUUCGGUGCGUGUCACUGAAUAGCCAUCUCCGGUCAUUCUGGCUCCCCAUCGUUAUCCUGUAAGCCAUAGCUAACUGCUCCUACUCAGCCCAAUACUUUUUCCAUUUUUUUUUGCAUUUUUUCCACAUUGCGUGCCACAUUCAGAGAUUUAUUUCAAUUCUGUUUAAAAAAUUGUCAACCAAAAUAACUGCAUUACCCAUCGGUCCCUUUACAGCCCCAUAUCUUGUGAGUUAAAAGAGAUAGAUGAAUUUUCAUGAGAACCUUUCUUGUAGAUCGUAACGCGGACUAAAAAAAAGAUUUAUACGAAAAUGUCGCUAUCUCUUCUCAAUCGGGAGAUAUUCUUGUUGAUAAUUCGGAUCGAUGUGAAUGCUGUUCGUCUGGUUUAUCAAUUGACUGCAGAAUUAUUAUGCAUUUAUCAUUAGCCAAGACGCAUUAAUUUAUUCAUUCGAACGCAUCCCUUUCGAGGAUUAACGUGUGAUCAUAGAUCUAGUCUAGAAGGAAAUACGUUCUCGUCGUUUUUCGCCUGUUCAUUAUUUUUACGAUAAUAAGUAUGGUAAUGGCUUAGUAUAAUUGUCAUGUAGAGUUUAGAGAGAGGAUUUUCUCUCUGAAAAUAUAGGGGGGAAAUCCUGGGAUUCGUGCAGAGAAUUUUUUUUUACGUUUUGUAGCAACGGGUGGGAGAAUAUAUUUGAAUUUCAUUCUGCGUAAUUUCAAUUUUUUCGAUAUUCGAGGCGAUCUUGUCGACACUAUUAUGUAUCUGAUGUAAACUUGAUAUUUAUUUAAAAACCUUGAUGAUUAACUUAUUAAUCAUCACGAUAAUUUUUCGUAAAUUAUUUAAUCGCGCAGAUAGCUCGACCAUUGAGAUAUUUUGUGAAUUUAUUUAUUUAUGGAGUAAAUAGUUGAGAACUGAUUCUCCAGUGAAAUUGAUGAUAAUUUGUUGAUAUCAACGCAUUGUAAAUAAAAAAUAAUUGCAGUCUCAGUUGCUCAGUCUGAGAGAAUUCCGACAAAUCGGUUGAUUUGAAAUUGAAGGGAACCGAAAUCUUCUGAUGAAUAACUACUUUAGGAUCACGGGUGUGUGAUAUUUAUUGAGUGAUACUGUUUUCCCCCGACGUUUAUCCCUGCACGCACACUCAUCAAUAAUUUAUGAAUAAAAAAUAAAUAAAAGUCAUUGAAGAACGCAGAGUGACGAGCAAUGAGAGUAGUUGAGGAUAAUGCACUAAUCCAUGACGAGUUGAAUAAUCUGAAAGGGGUGAAUUCAUAUCGAGUAUUUAAAAAUAAUUUUCCUGAAUCAUCUGGGAAAUUAAUAACGCUAUAAAUUAUUUAUCCUAAUUAAGGAGCUCUCUGUGCCCCGAUCAGCGUGUUCAGCGUUGAAAGUCAGUUUUUUUUUUUUCAUGAUUGAAGAGACUGUCAUGAAUUCCUAUGCUCGGGGGAAACAUUCUCAGGAUCUCACCGGCAAAUAGAGUAACGAUAACAUCUUUAUAAUUCCAAUUUUACACUUUUUACAUUGAAAUAUAAUCGACAAAGUCAUUAUUUUUCAUCGAUGAUUGGAGGGAACUCCAACGAUUUUUGCUACGCAUAUAUUUUAGUAAAAUAGUGGGAGAAAAUGUGGAUUAUUUCGUGAUGUAAAAUUUUUUACAUUUUUUAAAUGUCGUAACAUUAUUAACUGUAUUGUACAGAGUAAUGUAAUUUAAUGUGGUGAUUGCAUUAUGUCCAGAUUAAUCAACACUGAUUCGUCCACUGAAUUUCAAAACAGAUCAGCUCAUGAAAAUAAUCAUUGAUAAUUAUUUCAGAGUGUCGAAUGUGUGUUAAUUAUUCAGGUAAUUAGGCGAUACCAAUUCCUUGUCAGAGAAAUGACCAACGAGGUGCCAAAAAAUGAAAUUUCCACUUAAAUCAAUCACCCGAAAUUGAGGCCUGUAUGUACCCAGGCAUUUCGAUCAUUCCUGAGAGCCAUUCCACAUAAAAAAUAAAUAUCCCCUGAUUUUGUAACUCACUCGAGACAGUUCCACCUAAUUACAAUUACUUCGAUACAUUACUCAGUAAUUUUUUAAAUCCUUUUGUGAACCAAUAUUUUUUGUACUUGAUUUGCUGAAGUCCUUCCUCGAAUAAUGCAAUAACAAGAGGCACAUCUGCGGAGCCUAACGUACCUCGGAGUUGGUGGACAUACGACUGCAGUAUGUCUUAAUUUAAAAUAAUGAAGAAAACGAGAAGAUUAUGGUGAUCCGCCAAGAGUAGUUUUGUCGUAGUAGUGACGUCUCUUUGUAUCGACUUUAUAUCUUACCAUGUAUUUCAUCUAUAAGAUAUUUCUACCAAAUAACAAUGGAGGCUUUAAUAUUCAAAUGGUUUUACUCUCAUUAUCUCAUUGUUCCCAAUUAACGGAAUGUUUUAUUGAUUUUUAUCAGGCUUAGGCAUUGAAAUAUAAUCGUAUAAAUUCAUAUUAUUCAGUUUUUUAAUAUA